CCGAUUCGGGUUUUCGGUCUCCCCCCAUUGCCCACCCCCCCCUAAUUCCCACCCCUUCCUCCCCCCACAGCUGGGGUCGAUGGAGGGAAAUCCUCUCCCACGGACGUUUCAAACGCCGCCUUUCGGAACGGGAUGUGGAAACCAUCUGUAGGGCCAUCUUGAUUUACUGCCUCCUCCACUACCGGGGUGACGAGAGCAUCAAAGCCUUCAUUUGGGAUCUCAUCAGCCCUAACGAGAACGGACUCUCCAUCCCAGUCCCUCGGGGUCGGAAAGGGAAGAAGGUGAAAUCCCAAAACGCUUUCGACGUCCACAAAGCGGAGUGGAUCCGAAAAUACAACCCGGAUGCGCUGUUCCAGGAUGAGAGCUACAAGAAACACCUCAAGCAUCAGUGCAACAAGUGAGUUUGGGGGGCCCCAAAUCCUCCCCCAAAUCCCAUUUCUGAUGGGUUUGGUCUUUGGGGUCCCGUUACGGGAUCCAUUUUUUUUCUUGGGGUCCCAAUACCU